AUGGAAAAGCUCCUCCUUCUCCUCUACCAGCCACUUCCAUGCCGGUCACUACGGAAAGUUUUGAAUCAUUCGAGCACGAAAAUGCUCCAGGAGCAUUGCUUGGAGCUCAACGUCCAGCUCCGGGCAUUUUUCGUGUCCCCUAUGGUCUUCCUGGAGCUCCUCAGGCUUCAUAUCAUCAUCCAGCUGUCCCCUCGUCGUCGAAGAAGACCAGCAGUGUCAAUUCUUGGGCCAAACGAGAGGAGAGAUGAAGGACCACUGGAUGAUUCGGUGGAUUGGCAAGAUGGUGGACAAGCUGAUGGGCAAGGCCAAGGACAGACCGACAAUAAUUAA